AUGAACACCGCUGAAGAUAUCACGAAAUAUCUUGUUCAGAAUCAAAAUCAUGGAAUUGAAUCUAACAGCGAGAAUGACAGUGACUCAUCCACCGAGACAGAUAACUCCGGGAUCGUGAAACUUUGUGAUGAAGGGGGUGGGUCGAAUAGACUUGCUGAGAAUGAAUUUAGAGUUGAAAAUUUCCGGGAGAUGGGCGAAAUCAAAGGGAAACGCGGAGGCAUGGAGUCAAAGGAGAAAAAAGACGGUGACAUUGCACCAGCCAAAACGAGAAAGAGAAGAAGGAGAUUACUAUCGAUUUGCACUACUAAUUGCAAGUACGAUGUUGUGAGACGGGUGGCGGCGUUGUACGGCAUGAGGGAAGUGACUGAGGACAGUGCCUGGAAUUUGUACUGGACUGAUUUGAGCAUCAGUAUUGAGAGAGCAAAGGAUAUGAAGAGAUUUCAAAAGGUCAACCACUUCCCAGGGAUGACUGAGAUAUGCAGGAAAGAUCUGCUCGCGAGAAAUCUCAAUCGCAUGCUCAGAAUGUUUCCCAAGGACUACAAUUUCUUUCCGAAGACUUGGUGUCUUCCGGCCGACUAUGGGGAUCUAGUAGCUUAUGCGAGAACUCGACGAUCAAAAACAUUUAUUAUAAAACCAGACACAGGCUGCCAGGGUCGAGGGAUAUACUUGACCAAGAACUUGAAAGAAGUUAAACCUUAUGAGCGAAUGAUCUGUCAAGUUUAUGUAGCAAAACCCUUUUUGAUAGAUGGAUUCAAAUUUGAUCUUCGGGUUUAUACUCUGAUUACUUCCUGCGAUCCUCUUAGGAUUUACGUCUACAACGACGGUCUCGCAAGAUUUGCGACGAGUAGAUACAAAGAACCCACGAAUCACAAUACUUCAAACGUGUUUAUGCACUUGACGAAUUAUGCUGUUAACAAGCACAGCCGAUUGUAUGUGAUUGACGAAGAAAUGGGAAGCAAACGAAAAAUAUCCACUCUGAACAGGGCCCUACAAUCUGAUGGCGUGGAUAUCGAUGAGCUCUGGAGGAAAAUAGACGAAGUUGUAGUCAAGACGGUGCUGUCUGCCUAUCCAAUAUUAAAGCACAGUUAUAGCACGUGUUUUUCAACUCAUGACCUUACCUACGCCUGCUUCGAGAUCUUAGGCUUUGACAUUUUAAUCGACUCGAAGUUAAAGCCCUAUUUAUUGGAGGUAAACCAUUCGCCAAGUUUCCACACAGACGCUCAACUCGACAAGGACAUAAAGGAAUCCCUCCUAAUGGACACGUUCAACAUGCUGAAUCUCCAUCACUGCGACAAGCGUAAGAUCAUCGAGGAGGACAGAAAAAGAGUAAGAGACAGAUUGCUCCAGGGAAUUAACACAAAAGACCCCAGUGUGAACGAUACUGUAGGCCCGUCGAAGGUGGAAGAGAAAUCCCUGGAGGCGGAUCGCAAAUGGGAGGAUGAACAUAUGGGUAACUUCCGUCGGGUUUAUCCCAGCAAUGGUGAUCAAAAAUACGAUGCGUUCUUCAAACAGAACAACACAUCGAUGUUCCAGGAUACAGCAGCCUCGAGGGCACGAGAGGAAGCUUCAAAACUCCAACGCGAAGAGGCAACAAUGAGAAUGAGAGAGGAGGAGAGUAAACGAAUGGCAUCGAAAUGGGAUCCAAAGUUGGAGACAGAGAGUCCCACGGGCGCAAGGGGUAUCAACUCAAUGUCAGCUAGAAACAAACCAAACUCGGCAAUAUCGAAGCGAUCUAGUCUGACACCAACGGUGAAAAAGUCAAGGGAGCAUGUGCCAAUGGCAGACAGUCUCUCGUCUUUCGUUCCAGAAAUAAUAAGUGAGAGCGAGGAGCGAGAGCGAGUUGCUUCAUUAGCCCAGCGGGAUUUCUUGAUAAAGAGCCAUGGGAUACUCGAGGAGAUUUAUUCGGCUAUGAAGAAAAAUGGUACACUUCGACCUGGUGAUAUUAAAAAGUAUGGGAUGUAUGGCAAAUUGGGUCAGAGGAGCGAGUAUUAUCCGAGCGGUGGAGUGAGUCAAAAACGUCAGGUGGAAGUUCAACUGGAAUCAAUCCAUGGGGAGAGGGAUCAGUCUGCUCUGGGGGAAAAAUUCAACAAAAAACGUAAUUAAUAUCUGGGUUUGAAGAUAAUGCCUAACGAAGUGCUAUUUCACUGAGCGUCAAGAUAUUCCAUUAAAACUUCCCUCCUUCGGAUGAUUUGAGGGGGUCUGAAUAAAUAACGCUGA